AUGUAUUGGUACCGCAGGUACCGCACGUUCCGCGGAGUAAGUAUCCUCCUAUCCCCUUCUCACUUUUUCCAAUUAUCAUACCCAGCCAAGUAACACCGCCCAGACGACCCCCGUGGUCCGCCGUGGUACCCCACGGCCCGCAACGGCCGCCAGAACCCUCCCUGACGAUCCCAUCGAACUGCCCGUCUUGCCACCCGCUCCCGCCUACCACCCGACCCAAAACGCCUCCGAAAACUGCCCACCCCCACCCCCACCCCCACCCCCACCCCCGCCCCAAUACUCUUACCUCGACCACAACCGUGACGCUGCCGACAUUGCGAAUACCGAAUUUGUCCUCAUAGAAUUCCUCAGCGGGGGCCCCCCCGAGGAGCCGCGCGAGCGGAAUGAGAGUGACAAAAAGUUUUACAUGAUUAGGAACCGCUGGGCGUGUACAUCACUCCUUCUUGUGAUCGUGAUCUUCGUCGCCUUCUUCCUGGCCACUUUUUGGCGGAACGACAAGAGCGGCGGGAUAUCUCUCGACACUUAUACGUAUGUCCAGAAAUUUGAAUUGAAUUGAAUUGAAAUUGUGGGAGGCGAGCGAGCGAGCGAGUGCUAAUAGUAAAUGCAUACAACCAGUCGUGGUGUGGGUACGCCCCAACUCCCAGAAUUGUCGGUGCCAAAUGACACCCCCAAUUCUAUUAUCAUUACAGACUGGCAGGAUAGUACCACUACCACCCCCAGCACUCUCGCAAAGAGGAUGGCAGCGGUCACUUCCACCGUCGGAGCCACCCAGACCCCCUCCGCCUACGCCAAUUUCCAACUCUGGACCGGCACCUUUGACAGCGUUUCCCCGCUCGUCUCCUCUUCCGGCACCUGCGGGGAUGGCACCGGCACCACUGUUCUCCAGGAAUGCGCGGAAAACGCCCGCUUCGAGGCAACCAUCGCCGAGUUCAAACCGGGCGGCUACGCCGUUGGCACCUCGCUCUGGGUGUUCCAGGAUUACAUGGUGCUUGUAGGUCGUUUCGGGGAGCAGUGGUACUACUCCGGGAACAGCACCAAGAAGAAAUACUGGCAUGCCAGCAGCAACGGCUGUGAGGUUGUUGAAAAGGCUGAGCUCUGGCUGGGGAAGGAUGGGGUAUAUGUGCUUGAGGUGUAAGUUUUACAUUUUCUCUCUUUCUCUCUCUCCUUUUCCUUUCCCUUCACCUUUUGGAGAUUUUUCGGUUGAUGGCGUUCACUUAGGAGCCACGAGUCGACAAAUGCGUGCACCCUGGAUGGCGGUAAGGCAAUGGAUCCCAAGGUCCAGGUUUGCGAAUGCACGUACCAAGGAGUGCUUGCUACCGUCACGGAAGUAGUUAAUCCACACGGAUAAACAAAUCUAGAGGGGAUGGGAUGGAGUGGGGAGGGGAGGGGAGUGGUGAGAACUCGGAAAGCCAAUUAUUAACACCUAUGAGCUCUCACACCUCUCUUUGGGGAUCUAUGUACCUACUCCUCUAGCUCUAUCCUUUUUAUCCUCCAGGGAAAGUGGGCUUAUCAUGUCUUAAGCCACACUUUCCAGGUCGUGAACUCUAGUAGCUUCAAACAAUAAAAAUGUUUAAAAUU